AUGCUCUUCACCGGUCUGAUCGCCUCCGUCCUGGCCGUCGCGGCCACCGCUGCGCCCAACCGUGUCCUCACCAAGAGGCAGGCCAACACUACGCCCAAUGUCACCCCUGAGCAAAUCGCUUUCGCCGUUCAGCGCGCCGACUGCGAUGUCCUGUCGUGCGUCGGUGUGGUUGCUGCCGCUGGUUGCAUCGCUGCUGGAAUUGCCACCGCCGACGUCCCUGCGGUUCUUGCCUGCGUCGUUGGAGGCGAAGGUGUGCUUUGCGACUGCGCUGGAUGUGUCGACGCUCUCAACGACUUCCUCGUCGACAACGGCAUUUGCGACGAGUGA